AUGGAGCAUGCUAAGUCUUCGGUUAGGGGAACACAUGAUCACGGGUAUGCAAUGCUUAAUGCGUACCGUUAUAUGCUUGAAGUUGCAAAUCCAGGAAGCAAGACGACAUUGUCACUCAAUGAAAAUGGGAGGUUCAAAUAUAACAUUAUGACAUCAAACAUCGCGGAGUCGGUGAAUGUUAUGUUUGAUGUUGGAAGAGAAUUUCCCAUUGUCACUCUAUGCAUAUCAAAGUAUGUCAACGCGGGUAACAAGUUGUUGGCUCAUCAAAUCGCUAACUACAAGUUCAGUGUCACUGGUCAUGGUGAUGUUGCUACGGUGGAUCUACAAAGAAGAACUUGUACUUGUAGAUUUUUUGACUUGGACAAAAUCCCUAGUCCACAUGCCAUGGAAGCGCUUCGAUCCCAAUAUAGUGCCGAUUUUGCAAAUCAGAUUUAUGAGUAUACCUCUCCAUAUUAUUCAGUGGAAAAAUACAUAAUUACAUAUUGUGAGCAAAUUCAUCCGGUGCCACCUAAAGAUUCUUGGAUUGUCCCUUUGGAUACCAUAGAGAGAGAAAUACCUCCGCCAUAUGUUGAUCCAAGAAAACCUGGAAGAAGGAGAUAUAAGAGACGGCGUGGAGUUGGAUCUUAUCUAAUGGAGGGUGGUCUUGUGACAGAGUGCAUGGGUAGCUUUGAUCCACCACCCUUCAAGAAAGAAUGGUGA